AUAGUCCGGGGCCCCUUCCUGCUCCCUCUCCCUCCAAGCUUAGGGAGACUACUUAAUCCUACUGUCUUUUCCUCCAUUGCAAACCGAGAACAUUUGUGCAUGGAAACUGGCACGGGAGAUCUUUCCUUGCAGCUCUUGUCGAAGAGGUUGGAGGGGAGAAAAUGACAACCAUUUCUAUAUGACCUGCACUUCUUGGCAGAUAGACCUGGAGGGGAAACAGAAGUUCACCAAGAGAGCCUCAAACAUCCUGUGGAAUGGCCCAUUUCAUCAUGAUGUAACUACAGCCUCAAAAGCCAGUCACUAGGCAUUUCUUCUUCAUUUUUACAGGCAAGGGUAAAACGGAGCCAGAUUAAAAAAUAUAUAUAGUGAGACAAAAUGGCUGCCGAACAGAGAGACGGGUUGCCCCUGGAUCUCCAGUUCCGGGCCGGACUCGAACAAGGGGUGAAUUUAGCUAUGAAAAUGGAGGACCCGGAGCCGGUGGACCUGAAGCAAGAGAUGGAACUGGAAGGGCAGAGAGGAGGAAGCCCUAAUGUUCCCCAGAUGGGGUCCGAUGGGCAAGGUUUGAGGUGGAGAGGGCUGCAACACAUUAAACAGGAACCAGAGGACAGAAUGUCGUCGCAGCAUUGGGAUGCACAAUGGCAGGAGUUUCUGGGGGGAGUACAUUCUCCUCGCUCAGGGUGGGGGACCAGACAGCUUCCAGGGACCACCUUAUGGGGGGACAUGAAGACACCAGCAGUACAUUUUGAGGGGGGAGCCGCGACCAGCCAACGGCCUACAGAAGGGCAGUUUGUCCAACCACUGCCAGGCUUUGACCGAGCGGCACAAACAGCUGACAGAGAGCGGAGGAAAGUGAAGGAGGAGAUGGAGAGCGACGAUAUGCUCAGUGCUCAGAUAAACUGCCAACAUUUCAGACAGUUCCUCUACCAGGAAGCCGAGGGCCCCCGAGAGGUUUGGAGCCGCCUCUGGGACCUUUGCCACCAGUGGCUGAAGCCAGAGAGGCACACCAAGGAGCAAAUCCUGGAACUGCUGAUAUUGGAGCAGUUCCUCACCGUCCUGCCCCCGGAGAUGGAGAGCUGGGUCAAGGAAUGUCGCCCUCACACUUGUGCCCAGGCGGUGGCCCUGGCAGAGGAUUUCCUACUAAGGCGCCAGGAAGAGGGGAGACAGGACCAGAAGGGCCCAGGGAUGUUCCAUGUGGUGACCGUAAAUUUCCCUGAUGCUGACCAGGUGCCAACCAGAAAUACACAAAGGCAGCUUGGCAGGCCAGUCAAAGAGGAAGCUGAAGAGGAUGGCGGCUCUAUGGUGGCAGAUGAUGGACAAAGGAGUGAAAAUGAAGUCAACAAGUGGGGGAAAACCCAGGGAAUGGAAUCGCACGGAUCAUCUGAGGAAAGAGCAGAAGCUAGUGGCAGAUUCAGUGAGACGGAAGAAAACUGUGAGGGUCAGAAUAGACCGAAGGGCCCACAAGAAAAUGGCCCAGAAGGGACAGAAGGAAACCCUACAGGCGGGAAGCAAUCUCUGUGUUCCAACUGUGGGGGAAGUUUCAAUCCCAGUUCAGGUCUCCUUGGGCCAGAGGGGUUCCCGCUGGGGGUGAAUCCAUACAAAUGCUCCGUAUGUGACAAGAGCUUCUGCCAGGUUGCAAAACUCAUUGCCCAUGAGAGGCUCCACACAGGAGACUGGCCAUACAAGUGCUCGUUCUGCGGGAAGAGCUUCAAUCGAAGCUCAGAUGUCUCUAGACACGAAAGAAUCCACACAGGCGAGAAGCCCUUCAAAUGUACCACCUGUGAGAAAUGCUUCAGCCAGAGGUCCAAGCUGAUAGUACACGAGAGAUUCCACACGGGAGACAAACCCCAUACGUGCUCCUACUGUGGGCGGAGCUUCCACCAGCGGUCAGACCUUGUUAAACAUGAGAGAAUCCACACAGGGGAAAAGCCGUACAAGUGCUCAGAUUGCGGUGGGAGCUUCCACCGGAGCUCAGACCUUGUUAAACACAAGUGGAUCCACACGGGGGAGAGGCCUUACAAAUGCUCCACAUGCGAGAAGAGCUUCCGGCAGCGUUCUGCCCUCCUCUACCACGAGAGGACCCACACGGGAGAGAAACCGUACACCUGCACUGCCUGUGGGAAAGGCUUCAGCUGCAAAGCGCACCUUGUACUGCACAAAAGAACCCACACUGGGGAGAAACCGUACAAGUGCAACUUCUGCGGGAAAAGCUUCACCACUAGUUCAUACUUUGUGAAGCACCAGAGAAUGCACCUGGGGCAGGAAACGUUGCCGAUGCUCUAAAUGGGAAGGAAAAGCUCAUCUCUUAAGACUUCCCAGAGCAGAAAUGCAUGAUCAGCAGGACCACGUGACAUAUCUCUUAACUGGGCUGUAGCAAUUAUCAGGCUGCAGGUGGGAAACUUAAUAUUUGAAAGCUUUCCCCAUAUUUUUAUCUUUUUUUAAAAAAUCACCACCCUGUACAUAGAAAGCUAGCAUAUCAAGGUUCCAGCCUCUCCUACCUCCUGACAUGCCAGAUUUUGUUGUUCAAGGAGGGUGUUCUUUUUUUUGUAUAUUGUUUUUUAAAGAGAGAGGGAGGAGCAGUCAAACAUUCCAUCUUCUACCUGCAAUCUGAAGUGGUACAGGCCAGCCGCUGAUUGUGAAGAUUGGAUUUUACAUUUUUGAUUUGCGAGAGGUGAGAAAUUAUUUGAGGGUAUGUUAUGGGGGCAAAAAAAACCCCUGUUGAACCCUGGCUGCAGGGAAGAGAAGGCCUCUAAUUGCUUUCCUGAUUGAAGAACAGAGAAUAUAAACAAGGCACACAUCUAAUUGAACCAGCCAGUUUUAUAAAUAUGGUGAAGGGAGGGGGACAUAUGAGAACUCAGACGACUGUAGCUCAGUGGUGAAGCAUCUGCUUUGCAUGCAGAAGGUCCCAGGUUCAAUCCCCAUCAUUUCCAUGUAAAAGUAGACAGAUGGACCAGUAAAAGUAAGAUGGACCAGCUGCAAGGCAGCUUCCUGUGUUCCUAACAGCACUAAGAAACUUCAUAAUAAAUUAUUUGUCGUCUGCCUAAAACCUAGGCAAAGUACAGAAUGCAGAAGUGACCCUGCCCCAGCAAGGCUUAUAAUCUCACAUAGACAAAACAAAACAAAUAAAAUGUCAAGACCACACACCAAGACCUUUUAAACAUUUAAAAUUGGAAGAAGAAAAAGAAAAGGAGAAUCCUGGAAUUAAAACCAUACCUUAUUGGCAAUUCAGAAGGUUCAAGACUGGCAAAAGGAGAAGCUUCUCUUCCCGCAGGAAGUCAUGAACUUACGGAACUAGUUGUCAAAAGAUACAGCGAUGACAGCCACCAGCUUAGACGGCUUAAAAAGAAAAGGGAAAAGAAGGCCAGACAAAAUCAUGGAAGAUGAGUCUGUCAAUGGUCUAUUGGCCAUGAAUGCUAAAUGGAACUUCCAUGUUCAGAUGCAGUAUACCUCUGCGUACCAGAUGCUGGAGAAGAACCACGGGGGAGGGGGGUGCUGCUUUUCUGUCCUCCUUGUGAGCUUUCCAAAGACACUGAACUUGUUUCUUAGGGAUUUGGAAAAGUAAAAAUAAAAUAAUCAUAAAAAAAGUUUUAAUACUCAGGGCUUAACACCAAGGCUCUCCAGGGCUUGGUGACCCUGGUUCUUAUGGGAGAGUUUCAACCCAUGAAUUUUGUAAAUAAGAUAUUAGUGUGCACACCUUUUUCCCAUCUCAAAAAUAGAGGGGUGUGUAAAGGCAGUAAACAGUGUGUGAAGCGAACAACAACAAGGGCAGGUCAGUAGCUCUUGUGCUCUGCUUGUCAGCUUCCCAGAGGCGUCUGAUUGGCUUUUUUUGGAAACAGGAUGCUGGAGUAGAUGGAAGCUUUGGUCUGAUCGGGCAGCCAGGCUCUUCUUGCGCUCUCUGGCUAGAGAAACUCGUGGGCGAGAGGUCUUUUGAGGGCUAUUAGCCAUGAUAGCUGAAUAGAACCUUCAGAUUCAAAGGCAGUCUACCUCUAAAUACUAGCUGUUGGGGGGCAGGAGACAAUGAGGGACACAACAUUGACUUCAUGCCGUGCUUAUGGGCUCCCCAGAGGCAACUGGUGGCCACUGUGGGAACCAGGUUGCUAGGUUGCUGGAACUGGGUGGAGCUUUGGUCUGGUUCAGCAGUUCUCAUGCCUGAUGUUGGACACACAGCGGCAAGUGUGCAUGCCUCCCCCCAUCCCAUAGCUAGUAUUGCUACUUCAUGGGCUGUGUCAAAGGUGGGGACUCUUUCCCAGCCCAAGGGCCACAUUUCUUUCUGGGCAACCUUCCAGACACUGCAUGCCUGUGGUGGGUGGGACUAGGGGCAAAGCAACGAGUGUGGGUUUUAGUUUUGUUACAAUAGUCUAGUUUCUCCCCUCUCUGUUUGUUCGUCCGUCCAUCCAUCCAUCCGGGCAAGCAAGAAACAUGAUCAGAGUGCAAGAACACAUUCCAGCCAGGAAAACACGCAAGGAGGGUGCAAAACAGGGCUGGUAAAGGGCUCUGGCCUAGGGAGAGUCCCAAGGGCCAGAUAAAGAGGCCUAGUGGGAUACAUGGCUCCUAAAUCCUAACACUGAGGUGGGUUUUUUUUUCAGGGGGAGGGGGUGGGGAGGAUGAACAUGCUUACCAAAUGCAGCUUUUCCCAGCAUGGUUAACCAUCUUCCUUGCUGUGCCUCAGAGAAAUGGCGCUUUCAUGGGGGAGUGCAGAAUGAAUGGAAGUGGCCAGCAGGUAGCUAUAUGUGGGGAGGGGCACCGCAGCCAGCCCUGGACAGUUUACUCCCUGAGGUGAAGGUACAAGAUUGCACCCCCCACAUUCCACAUACUGAAUCAAACCAGACUGACAACAGGCCUUUGUAUCAGCACUGGCGAUGGGAUGGUAUCUUUUAUCCUAUUUUGGGGCAGCAAGCUGACUUAGAGAAAUCAGGGCAGGAUGGGAAAUGGCUGGGAGACUAAUUUCGUGGCCCCUAGCAUCUAUCACCUGAGGCGGCUGCCUCACUCAGCUUCAUGGUAGGGCUGGCCCUGAGCACCAGAGCACCUGCAUUGCAUGUAGAAGGCCUCAAGGCUCUUGUCUGCCUGAGAUCCUGAAGAUCUCUUGCCAGUCAGAGUUGACAACACUGGUUUAGGAGAACAAAUAAUCUGGUGUAAAGCGGCUGCUCUCAACCAGAAUGCUUUUUACAGUCACACUAAUAGGGGCUCCGUUGUCUUAUUCCCUCAUUUGGAAGUGCAAUUUAUUAAUUUUUUAAUAGCUGAAACAGCCCAGAUUCAAUUGCUGAUGUAUGUGGGUGCGGUUCUGGAUUGGUUAUGUUUUGUUGUGCUUUAAACCUGUGUCCAAGGCCUUGUCUACACAUGGUGCGGAAUAAAGAGUUUAGAUAAGACUGUACUACUUCAGGUUGCCGGCAGGGAGGCAGACUUCAUUUUUGAACUAGUACAAAACUCAAAGGUCCCUGGAACCAGAAAGGAGCAUGUCAAGGAGAAAUAGACCAUUCCUUACUUUUUGUUCUGCUAGUUUCUACUAGCAAGGGUGCCUUCAAAACUGGUCCCGCCUGCUGGCCAUCUGAAGUGGUACAGUCCAUGAAUCCACUGCCUAAGUAAGGCCCCUUCUGUAGUCUGGGGAGACCAUACCAAAUUUUGAACUUAGGAAGGUCUAAAGAGCCAGUGAUAUGACCUCCUCCCAUUGACCAGCUCCUGUGCUGAGGCAAACUGCUCUUUUUAACCGUCUCCUCCAAAGGGGCAAACGGUAGCAGAAGCUUCUGGGUGACUCCUCUCCUUCUGUGCUUCAAGUCUUCAUUUCCAUGAGUCUCGUCAUAUGCACACCAUGCAUUUAUAGCUUCCCCCAAAGAACCUUGGAAACUAGUUUGUUAAGGGUGGUGGAAAUUGUACCUCUGUAAGGGAGUAAACUACAGUUCUCAGUAUUCUCUGGGGGAUGCCAUGUGCUUUAAAUGUAUGAUGCGUGGAUGUGACCUCUGUCUCAGCUUGCAACUCUUCUGUCACUGUUCAAUCUGGGGACAGCUCCUUUACAAUGUAGUCCUUCGAAAUGCCUGUAAGGCUACAUCUGCACCUUACAUUUAAAGCAGUAUUAUACCACUUUAAAAUCACAGAAUAGUAAAGAGUUGGAAGGGGCCUAUAAGGCCAUCAAGUCCAGCCCCCUGUUCAACGAUAGGUGGCUGUCCAGCUGCCUCUUGAGUGUUUUAUAAAGCCAUGGCUUCCCCCAAGGCACCCUGGGACCUGUAGUUUGUUAAGAGUGUUGAGAGUUGUUAGGAGACCCCCUAUUCUACUUGCAGAGCUACAAUUCUGAGUUCCCUGGGAAGAGGGAUUGACUGUUAAACCACUUAGUUCUCACCAUGCUUGGGGAAAGCCAUGACUGCUAAAGUGGUAUACUGCUUGUAAUGAAAGGUGCAAAAUGUGUCUUGAGUCUCAUGUUUUCAGUGGAGGUUAUUCAGAGGUAAGUGCGCAUAGCAGGCGUGAGGAACCUGUGGCUCUCCUGAUGUUGGACUCUUGACUCCCAACAGCCCUUGCCAGAAUGGGUAAUGCUCAGGGGAUUAUGGCUGUUGUAGUCUAGCAACUUCUGGAGGGGCGACCCCAGCUUAGCUCAAAAGGUUGGAUGAAUAAAGGUGUAUAAAGGUUUUCUCCUUCCCAUUUCAAGUCAGCCUUUGUUGCCAUUAUUUAAAAGUGUGUUCAGUUUAUUCCAUCCUUCUGCCUUGUCAGAAAAAAAAAAGUUAGACCUGGUGGCUUCUAGAGGUUGUUGGACUCCAACUCCCAUCAGCCCCAGCCAGCAUGGCUAGUGGCAAAGGAUUAUGGGAGGUGGAGUCCAACAUCUGGAGGCCACAGGCUUCCUGUCCAUUGUGUAUAGGAUUUGCAGCCUUAAAGGACCCUUUGUAGGAAGGAGCCCUUUAAAGAGGUCUUUUCUGUGUGUUUUUUUUAAAUCUUUUUUUUUUUAAGAGAACCACUGAGGUACAUAACUCUGGUGGUGUUGGGGAAAAUCUUAAGAUUUGCAGUGGGUGGGGGUAUAAGAUGAGAAGCCCCUGGAGAUGAGACUGUCUCUGGGCCGCCAGCUCAUAACACUAAACAUAUAUGUACUAAUCAUAGCAUCACUCUGAAAAGUCAUUUCAUGUAAUUCUGAAUGCCUCCUCUUUGCAGGAGCUUCUUAUUGAAAGACAAUGCUAGGUGCGCACUGUGUUGUCCAAACUGAACCUGUACAUGUCUUUAUGGUUUUGUGGGGUUAUUCUGUAAAUAUGCAUGGGUAAAAAAUUUAAUUGCUGUCCAUGUGGUUUGGGAUGCUAUGUUUAUAUGCCUGUAUAUAACCUGCGCACUUGUGUAUGCCUUGAUGGACUCAAUAUGUGUAUAGUCAACAAUGCCAUUCAGGUAGCGAUGAAUUCUUAAUCUGCAGCUAUGCAACUCUGGAAGCUUUGUUUGCAACGCACCCCACCCCACCCCUGACUUUGCCAAAGAACUAUUUGCCUUACCCCAAAUAACUUGUCUGCAAAAGUUACUAGUCCUAAAAAAAAAAAGAAGUUGCCCACACGGACCUGUGUUAGCUGUGUGACAUGUCGAUUGGUCUAAACUGGGGGAGAAAAAAAUAUCUCUUGUAAUUUUACAAAAGCUUCCUAGGCUACUUGCCCCCAGGUAACCGGACAAGUAGUUAUUUCUCAUCCUGCCUUAUUUUACGUGCCCUUGAACUUCGCUCAUGUACACUGGAGUAUGAACUCUAUCCAGUGUGUAGGGGAAGCAGCAGACACGCCACCUGGAACAGAAGUUUUCUGGCAUCCAAAAGAUAUUUAUGUGCAAUGCAUGGAUACCUCUUUAGAUUUCCUGUGUCUGUUUUUUGGUCUUUUGUGUGUGUGCUUAAUUUGAUUUUAGCCCCCUAUAAAGUACCUUGAUGCACUUGUUUAACUGAUAUCCUUAUAUGGCAUUUUCAGGGGGGAAACCAACACUAUGUAUGGAACUUAUCCCGGAGAGAAAAUGUGGAGUUUGUUUUUUAAAAACAUUAUUGCUUCAAUAUCAAGGCUUUGUAUUGUGUUGGCUUUUUGACCAACCUGCCGCCAGGUUGCACUGAGAGACUCAGUUUUAAGGCCAUGAAAUCCAAUUUACAAAGGAGAUCAUCCAUUUUAGGAAAGGAUCAGCCAUCGCUUCGCCAAGCCUUAAAUAAUUAUCAUUUGAAUUUCCAGCAGGUCCGGUUAAGACAGAACAAUGGCAAGAAAGCUGCUCUGAAUCUAUUCUUCCUUACCCUUCAUUGUUAGCCCACUUUUCCCCUUAAAAUUUUUAUUCUUGACGUGAUUCCAAAUCUGCAUGUUUAAUUAAGCCAUUGAACUCAUGAGAGAGAAACAGGACAAGCUGGCAACUGGCUAAAGGCCACAUGGGUUGUGAUGUUACUCACAGGCACAUAAUACAGCUGGAGUUUCUUGAUCUUAAAAAAAACAUGGUCAAAAGCUUCACAUCCUUCGUCUGGUUAUUAUGACAGGACUUUGUCUGUGAAAUGCAUGCAUGACAGACAGCCUGUCUCUUGUUUUCUGACUUGAAUGGUAACUACACUCAAAGAUCAGAUACCCUGCCAUCUCUGGCUGGCAACAACCGAGGGCAGCGCUAGCUUAUGGUUUUAAUGUUGAUGAUUAUCGUCUCGUAUGCCAGUUGUGUGUGCCUGAUAUGAUGUAU